UAGAGAUUUGACCUAGACCAGGAAGUAAAAUACCUGUCUCGUCAUGUUGCCGAGUGGAGGAUCCUCUUAAAAUCCGUCAAGCUGCCCGGCCAUGCUCCCGCGCACUUGGGCUCAGGAUGUGUUACGGUGUCAUCUCUGUGAGACCCCGGGCCCCCCUAUGUACUGUGACAUUUGUCACAUACAUCUGUGUAAAGCCUGCGUUGGGGAACAUCUCUCCGAUGAAUCCAAAGAUCACAAAGUGGUGCCAUUCAAAAAGCGGGGACUUAAUCCUAAAUGUUCCAAACAUUCCACACAAUUAUGUGACCUUUACUGCGAACACUGUGACAUUCCUAUUUGUGUGGAGUGUGUUUCUUCUCGAGAACAUCUAGGACAUGAACAAGUUGGCAUAUCAAAAAUAAGAGAGAGCAAAAAAGAAACUUUACAAAGAGAUUUGCAAGAAUUAGAAAAUACCAUUUAUCCUAAAUACAAAGAGAUUGCAUCUAACAUCUCAGUUCAGAAAACUGAUCUCAAGGAAAACUCAAAGAAAUUAACAACAGCUAUUGACAAACAUGGAGAAGAAUUGCACAGAGAAAUAGACAAUGCUGUCAAAAAACUGAAAUCUGACGUGGUUGAAACAGAUUCUAAACACCUAGUUGUCUUAAAUAAGCAUGAAAAUGAAAUCAAACGCAGUAUUUCUGAAAUCACACAGUGCAUUGCUGAUCUGAAGAAAUCACUCAACUCCAAUGAUGUCAGUCAUGUAUCUGCUUACAAAUCCAGGAAUGCUGAAUUCAGAAGAUUGCGUCCUAAAAUCACAGUUUCCUUACCAAGAUUUACCCCUCAGAAAAUCUACAAAGAACAGAUUUAUCAGCAGAUUGGUUCUCUGUCAGCGUUAUCUAUCAAAACAGAAGAACAAGGCUACACAAUGGAUUGUCCCGGUGCUGAGUCCUUUCCCCCACACAGACCACUCAUUGAUGUACCACGGAUCAUCACAAAUAUAAACACAGAGUAUGGAGAAUCUAAUGAAUUAUGCAGUGUGUCCUGUCUGAAUGAUGAUGAACUGUGGACCCUUGGUCAGGACAACAUGAUGAGACUCUACAACCUCAACGGUAAACUAGUGAAGUCAAUCCAAACCAAGUCUGGGAAGAUACCAGAUGACAUAGCAGUGACACAGAGUGGUGAACUAGUUUAUACUGAUUCCGAUGAUAAAACCGUGAACACAGUGAAGAAUACACAGAUACAGACAGUGAUCAGACUACAGGGGUGGUAUCCUCGCUAUGUCUGUAGUAUCUCCUCUGGUGACCUCCUGGUUGUUAUGGACAGUGAUGAUUAUAAACAAACAAAAGUUGUUCGUUACUUUGGCUCCACAGAGAAACAAACAAUUCAAUACAAUGACAAAGGACAACCACUCUAUUCAUCUAGAUCUGAUGAGAAUGAUUACCCUAAAUACAUCAGUGAGAACAAGAACCUAGAUAUCUGUGUAGCUGACUAUGGAGCCUGUGCAGUAGUGGUGGUCAAUCAGGCCGGAAAACUCCGGUUUACAUACACCGGUCCUCCCUCUACUACCAAGACACCAUUUAAUCCAGUUGGCAUCACAACAGACAGCCAGAGUCGGAUCCUGACAGCAGACGAUAACAACAACAACUGUAUCCACAUCCUGGAUCAGGACGGACAGUUCCUCCGCUACAUUGGCAACUGUCAUUUACAGUAUCCAUGUGGUUUAUGUGUGGACACCAGAGACAACCUCUUCGUGGCUGAGUUCCUCACAGGAAAAGUGAAGAAAAUUCAAUAUUACAUGUAAACAAACAACUAAUAUGUUAACAAAAUAACAGUCUCUACAUGAAAUUUGUAGCGUUUUAUUACAUCUCAACAAACUGAUUUACAUUAUUAUUAAACUUGUGUGAACAUGGAAAACAUAUCAAGUGACUUACCUACUGUAUAUUUGUACCAGUGAAUAGAAUGAUUUUCCUAUGAAUUGAAGCAUGUAAAUAAACUGUGUUUAUAUAAUAUGUGUACAGACAAAACCAUAUGAUACAUGUACUGCACAACUGUAUAUCAAAACUGGAAUAAGCUACAAAAGAAAAAAGAUUUGCGAAAUUCAAUAGACGCUUUGAUAUUAAGUAAUAUAUAUUUCUGUUUCUGAAGUACAACUAUCAGUGUAAUAGUUAUUUUAACAUUUUUAAUAUAUUUUUAUAUAUAUUUUGAACAUCAUUAACUGUACUAACCAGUUUUAAAUGGCUGAAUUUAUGAAUAAAGAUUUGUUAUU